UCCACAUCCACAACCAUCUCCACCUCACCUCGUCCAUCGUCUCCAGUAAAAAUCAAGAUCGGCAAGCCAAGUGCAGAGGCAACCACCACCACCACCUGGAGCAGAGCGAGCGAGCGAGCGAGCAGAGCACACUGUCAUCAAUGGCGGCGGCAGUGGCUGUGGCUGGGCCGUCCAUGGAGGUGGAGCAGGACCUCCCGGGCUUCCGUUUCCACCCCACGGAGGAGGAGCUCCUCGACUUCUACCUCUCCCGCGUCGUCCUAGGCAAGAAGCUCCACUUCAACAUCAUCGGCACCCUCAACAUCUACCGCCAUGAUCCCUGGGACCUCCCAGGCAUGGCGAAGAUCGGGGAGAGGGAGUGGUACUUCUUCGUGCCGCGGGACAGGAAGGCCGGGAACGGCGGGCGGCCGAACCGGACGACGGAGCGCGGGUUCUGGAAGGCGACGGGGUCGGACAGGGCGAUCCGGAGCUCCGGCGACCCGAAGCGGGUGAUCGGGCUCAAGAAGACGCUCGUCUUCUACCAGGGUCGCGCCCCGCGCGGCACCAAGACGGACUGGGUCAUGAACGAGUACCGCCUCCCCGACUACGGCGCCGCCCGCGCCGCCGCGCCGCCUCCCAAGGAGGACAUGGUGCUCUGCAAGAUAUACCGGAAGGCGACGCCACUGAAGGAGCUGGAGCAGAGAGCCUCGGCAAUGGAAGAGAUGCAGAGAGGAUCAAGUCACGGAGACUACACGGCGACGAGAGCAUCCCUCGUCCACGACGCCUCCGCCUCCACCGGCGACGACUACUUCUCGUCGGACGACGUCCACGACAGCGGCUUCCUGAUCCAGUCCUCAUCCUCGUCGGCGGCGCCGUCCGGCAGCAGCAGCAAGAACGGCGGCGCUGGCGCACCAAGGGAAGCCAAGAAGGAAGAAGCAGACGUCACGGUCACGGUGGCGUCGGCGACGAGCCUACAGCUCCCGGCGGUGAGCCAGCUGCCGAGCCUGCAGCUUCCGGCGAUGGACUGGCUGCAGGACCCGUUCCUGACGCAGCUGCGCAGCCCGUGGCAGGACCAGCACUGCCUGUCUCCCUACGCCCAUCUGCUCUACUACUAAGCAAGGGGCAGAGAAUUACAUUGUGCAUCGAAGCAAGAGGAGUCGAUCACGAUCUCCAGAUGCAUGUGCAAGAGCAAGAGAUCAAAUCACCCGUCGACGAAGAACAAGUAGCGUAGAAUGGCUAGCUGUGGAUUCGAUUGUACAUAUAGUAGUAGCACCGAGAUAUCAAUCAAUCUUUUGGUCUUCUCUCAAGAUAAUAUGAUGCUUUCUGACUUGACAAUGCUAGAAUCUCUUAUAAGACUAUGAUUCAAGAACUUUA